AUGACAACCACAUUAAAACCAGAAGAAGAACUUGCUUUAAGUCAUAUAUUUGUCUUGCAAGAGGAAAAUCUUCAAGGGUUGUCUCAAUACUUCAAAGAAGAAUUAUGGCAACAAUUAUUUGACAAUAUACGAAGCAAAUACCCACACCAACCAGUACCAACAGCAGUUCAUGACCUUGUUAACAAAGUCAUGAAUAUAACAUAUUCUGAACCAAGUCAUCAUCGAUGUCGAAAUAUAAUCAAAACAUUCCUUCACGACAUCAAACCUGCCACAGAUUCUGAAGAAAUAAUGUUUAAAAUUCUUCGAAACCUGGCAGAAAAUAAUACAUCAUCUUUUAGUGAUGACUACAAUGAAGAUACCUUUAUUCACGAUAUUAUCGAACCUGUUGUUAAGCCGUUCUUUGCUAAUAACAGGAGAACAGCUAUGAAGUGGUCCAACACAACUUCAAUAUCUUUGGCUCAAAUGAAAAAAAAGUUCGACCCAACUUUAAUGGGAGUCAGACCUGACUUUAUUGUUCAUACUAUAAAUUAUAACAAUUACAUUGAACUACUAAUUGGAGAAUUCAAACCACCUGGUACAAAAGUAUCUUUAGUGAAUGAAGAUUUCGUAUGUCUUGGUAAGACAAUGAAAUAUUGUCUGGACAAAGGAAUUGAGGAUGGAAUGGAGGAUCUUGUUAUCGGUGGACUUCAAGUUAUUGGGUUUUUAGGACAUAUUUAUAUUAUGGAUCUUUGUUUUGAUGGAGUUUAUAGAAUGAUAUUACUUGGUGAAAUUCUAUUUCCUGAAGGUAUUGCUACAUGGGGAACUUUAAUUAGAUGUUUUCAGGUGCUAAGUCUUUGUGUUAUAGGUGUUGUUGGUGUAGGAUAUGCCUUUUAUUGGGACUAUAAAAGACAAAAUGAUCCUGAAUUUAGAAGAAAGAUCAAAAGAAGUAAAAAACGUGCGUUGAAAGCCAAGAAAGCAGCAGAAGUAGAUGCUAAAUUAAAGACUGCUGAUUUUGUUAGAAAAGCUGUCGAUGAAGUUUCAACCGAAAGUUUUCCUUCUGAUGUUAAUGCAAAAGAAAAAUAUUUUAUGGAACAAGUUGCUAAAGGAGAAUCUUUGCUUGCAGCUGGUGAAAAUGGAUAUGAUGAAGCCGCUCUUUGUUUUUACAAAGCACUAAAAGUUUAUCCUAGUCCUGUUGAAUUAAUUAUGAUCUAUCAGAAAACCAUACCUGAAACAAUAUUUAACAUGGUAUAUGAAAUGAUGAGCCUCGAGGUCAAAAAAAAACAAUCUGAAUAUUUCGAAAAAUUUCCACCAAAAGAAAUGAAUGUCAAGGUUAAGGAUGUUAAUAAAUCUUCAGAUCUUGAGGAUCAAACACGUCGAGGGCUUUUUGCUACAAAAGAUUUUCAACCUGGUGAAACUAUUUUCGUUGAAUUACCUUUAGCUUCAGCACUUGAUCCAAAUCUUGAGUCCGGUGAUUUUUGUAGUUAUUGUUUUAAGACGAUUUCUGUUGGACUAGAAUUUACUGAUGGUAAUGAUCUUUUUGAAGCAAUUUAUUGUUCUAAACUAUGUAUGGAAAAAGCAAUGUCAGAAUAUGCCACACUCUUAUUUACAAGUACCGGUUCAACCGGAAGUGAUAGUAAAGAAGCUAAAUUAGCAGAAUUGGUUAAGUUAGGAAAUGUAAAAUAUCCAUUAAUGAUUGCUAGAUUUUUGGCUAGAAUGGUAUAUGAAGAAACUCAAAAAGUCGCAUCGGGAAUUGAAGAAGAAUAUACAACUUGGGAUCAUAUUGAAAGAUUAAGGUAUUUAGAUGUGCCUGCUACUUCAAAGGAAGAAAAAGAAAUUAAUCUUUUAAAAGAAUUAUUUGCUGCUAAAGUGCCUGGAAUGGAAGAAUUUAUUUCUGAAGAAAGAUAUAUGGUUCUUAAAGGCAAAUUUACGUAUAAUGCAUAUGGUAAUAAUUCCGAACCUGUCCGUUCGAGUGAAUCGCCUGUUAUUGGUGCAUGUUUUUACCGUUUUUCAUCCUACAUUGCACAUUCAUGUGAUCCAAAUGUAGAGGCAAAAUUCCCUAAUGGUGAUAACACUGUAUCAAUUGUUGCAAAAAAACAUAUUAAAGAAGGCGAGGAAUUGAAAAUCAGUUAUAUUAGGCAAGAAAAUAGAGAUGUUAGUAGUAGGAUAAGUGAAUUGGACCUUUAUGAAGAAAGAAACAAAAGUUCAAAUAAUUCAGAACGAAAUGAAGCCUCAGAUUCAGAUUCUUCAAGUGGGGAAUCUUCAAGUGGAAGUUCUUCAGCUAGAAACUCUCCAGAUACCCCAUCAGCAUUAGAUUUAAUUUAUCUUGAUUUUUUAUUACAAAAUAAAGAACAAAAAAUUCAAAAUCAUGAUCUAGAUUAUUCCCAAGUAGAAAAGAUAUUAAAAGAAAAAUCAAAUGAAGAAAAAUUGAAAGAAAUUUUUGAGUUAGAUAAACCUGAAAAGUUUAAAGAAGAUUUUAGAUGUAAUUUUAUAAAAUCAACGAUGUUACAAGGUUUUCUUUUCCUAACAGAAUUUCACAUUUGUUUUCAUGCUUAUCUGCCACGAGAGCCUGAUGUAAUGUUAAAAGAUGGAAAUCUUACUAAAUUAGCACCACAUGGGGCUCUUAAUGUUAGAUAUUAUUGUUUAUUACAAAAUGACGUUUUUAUGUAUUACAAUGAUCCAACGGAUUUGUAUUGUCCGGUUGAAAUCAUAGAUUUGAAAUAUGCAAUCAAAGUUGAAAAUCUUCAUAAAAAAAAUUCUUUCCGGAUAGUGACACCUAAACGUAAAUAUAAAUUUCAAGCCGAUUCUCAAAUUUCUAUGGAGGAAUGGAUAACUCAAUUAGGAAAAUCAAUAUUACGUGCUAAAAAUGAAGGCGAUAGUGUAAAGAUUGUUAUACCAAUCGAAAGUAUUAAACAUGUUCGACCCAAUCUAUCAAAAAAUUUUCCUAACACUAUACAAAUUGUUACUUAUGGCGAUGACCAGUCUGGUUGUGAUGAGUUCUUUUUCGCUUUCUUCUCAGAUAGUGGCACAUUAAUUGAAGAAUUAAAUGAUUUACGAAAACCAGAAACUUCGACUAUUGAUAAUAAUGAUUCUCAAUCUUCUGAUUCUUCUAUUAGCUUAGCAUCAAGAUAUAUGUCUAAUAUAUUUAGAUCCGUUAGUAUUAAUAAAAGAAGAAAAGGUUACGAUGACGAAUCUUCAUUAACUAUUACAAAACAAACAAUAAAGUCACCAAGAUCAUCAACUUUUGAAAAUCAAACUCAAGAUUCUAAAGAAGGGAGUCUAAGCAUUACAAAGCAAUUCCAGCGUCGUGUAAAAAUUAUGACUACAAAUCCUAAAGAAUAUAUCAGUUAUUUUGAAGAAAAUACUUCGGAAAAAACGAACAGUCAUUUUAGAGAGCAUUUUGCUUUACCUGAAUCAGAAAAACUUCACGCCAUUUUCUAUGGAUAUUUUUCACGCAUAAUUCCAGUUUAUGGCAAGUUUUAUAUAUCAGAUAAUUAUAUAUGUUUUCGAUCAAGAGUCGUUGGCAAAUCAACUAAUUUAUGGCUACCAAUAUCGGAUAUUUAUGGAAAGCCUAGAAAACAACAAGCAAAUGUAUUAGGUUAUCACGGAUUAGAAAUUUUGACCAAAUCACAAAAAGAAAUUUUAAUUGAAUUUGGUUUUGAAAAACUUAGAGAUAGGUUUUUCGAGUUGAUAGAAGAAAGAAGACUAGCAAUUAUUAAAGAAGGUAGAAGUAAUUCAUUGGGUGAAAGCGAUGCUGAAACAACAAAAUCAACAAUUUCUGAAUUAAAACCUGAUCAUCCUCUUCAUUUUACUUUACUUACUAUUGGAUCUCGUGGUGAUGUACAACCAUAUAUUGCACUUGCAAAAGGAUUGAUUUGUGAGGGACAUAAAGUUAGAAUAGCUACACAUGGAGAGUAUAAAGAUUGGAUUGAAAGCCAUGGUAUUGAAUUCGGAUGUGUUGGUGGCGAUCCUGCAGAAUUAAUGAGAAUAUGUGUUGAGAAUGGAAUGUUUACUUUUGGUUUCUUCAAGGAUGGAAUUACAAAUUUUCGUGAAUGGUUUGAUGAGUUGUUGAAAACUUCUUGGCUAGCUUGUCAGAAUACUGAUGUAUUAAUAGAGUCCCCUAGUGCAAUGUCUGGCAUUCAUAUUGCCGAAGCUUUAGGCAUUCCAUAUUUUCGGGCAUUUACAAUGCCAUGGACACGGACUAAAGCAUAUCCCCACGCAUUUGCGGUAUCUAAUUAUGAUUUAAAAGGUCCGUAUAAUUACAUGUCGUAUGUCCUUAUUGAGAAUGCAUUUUGGUUAGCAAGUGCACCACAAAUUAAUCGAUGGCGAAAGAAUACGUUAAAGUUACGGAGCACUAGCCUAGAGAAAAUGGAUGCAAACACAGUUCCAUUUUUGUAUAAUUUCAGUGAUCGCAUUGUACCUAAGGCACCUGAUUGGGCUGAUUGGAUACACGUAACAGGAUAUUGGUUUUUGGACAACCCCGAAAUUGGAUGGAAAGUGCCACAGGAUUUGAUUGAUUUCAUAAAAAAGAAUCACGAUGAUAAGAAAAAAAUAGUUUAUAUCGGAUUUGGAUCAAUUGUUGUAGACGAUCCACAAGCGAUGACAAAAAUCAUUGUAGAAUCUAUUAAGAGAAGUGGCGUUGCAGCAAUACUAUCAAAAGGAUGGAGUGAUCGUUUACAAAGAACAAAGGCUGAUGAUAAUAAAGAAGAAUAUCCUUCCUGUAUAUAUCCACUGAAAUCCGUACCACAUGACUGGUUGUUUCCGCAAGUUGAUGCAGUAGUACAUCAUGGAGGCGCAGGAACAACGGCAGCAGGACUUCGUGCUGGUAAACCCACUAUAAUUAAACCAUUUUUUGGAGAUCAGUUUUUUUGGGGAGAGCGAGUUGAACAAAUGGGUAUUGGAUUUAAUCUUAAGAAAUUGACGAUUGAAAAAUUAUCGGAUUAUCUUGUUGCAGUUACUACAGAUGAUAAAAUGAUCAAAAAAGCAUCUUUGGUUGGUAUAAAUAUUCAAAAGGAAGAUGGCUUAAAAAAUGCAAUACAAGCAAUCUAUCACGAUUUGGAUAUUGCUAAAAAGAGAAUCAAGGAGCAAAAAACUCGUACCGAAAAUGAUUCAACUUAUAUUAACACAGAUUUUUCAACGUUGGCAACUGUGAAAUUUUUUAAAAGAAUUACGACUACACCACCAUCAACUCCGUGA